GUUCGGUUGCCUUGGACUGCCAUGAAAUUGUAAAUUAGAAUUCGAAGUGUUGGAAGACAUUCCAUAACAUUUAAUCAACCGAGGAGGACUAUUUAAAGUGUUUUGUAAACUAUAUUUCCCUAGAAAUGAAGGGGUUCAUAGUUCCUGUUUUAAACAUAUUGUUAAUUUUUGUUCUAGACUCUAAUUACGUUUUUAGUGAGAAUCAACUUCCAGACAAUGAAAGUGAACUUGUGUUUUCAUCUAUUCUUUUUAGACAUGGAGAUCGAACACCCGAGAAACCAUAUGCUAAAGAUCCAUAUGGUAACACUUCACUUUGGCCUGUCGGAUGGGGAAUGCUUACCAAUAAAGGAAAGGCUCAACACUACAAGCUUGGCCAAUGGUUGAGAAAGCGAUAUGAUAAUUUGAUCCCUGACCACAAAUAUUCUCAUGAAUUAAUAUACAUACAAAGCACUGACGUGGAUCGUACUUUAAUGAGUGCCCUCUCGAAUCUUGCUGGUAUGUUCUACCCAACCCAGAAAGAAAUGUGGAGUGAUCUCAAAUGGCAACCCAUACCUGUUCAUACUGUUCCCCAACAUCUUGACAAGGUUCUUUCAAUGAACUGCCCCUGUCCCAAAUAUGAAGAAGAGUAUGAAGCGUUUAAAAGAUCAGCCAUAAUUAGUACUUACAAUGAGAAGCACAAAGAGUUGUAUCGCUACCUAACAGAACAUUCUGGUGAUCCUAUCCAUGGUCCAGUUCAUACUGAAUAUUUAUACAGUAAUUUAUUUAUUGAGACUAUUAAUAAUUUUACACUACCUAAUUGGACUGAAAGUGUCUUUCCCAACAAAAUGUAUUCAGUUGCUGCAUUUAGUUUCGCUAUGCCCACAAUGACACGUACUUUGAAGAGACUAAAAGGAGGACCCCUUUUGAAAGAAAUAAUAACCCACAUGAAACAAAAGAGAGCUGGAACAUUGUCUCCUAACAGGAAUCUUUGGGUUUAUUCUGCUCAUGACACAACUGUAGCCAAUUUCCUCAAUACUAUCGGGGUUUUUGAAGUACACGCCCCUCCAUUUGCUGCAACUGUCCUUGUUGAAUUGAGAAAAAGCAAAACUAACGACUACUUUGUUUCAGUAUUUUAUAAAAACACAACAGGGGAGCCAACAUUAUUAACUAUUCCUGGAUGUAAUGCAGCUUGUCCCUUGGAUAAAUUCGCUUCACUUUUAUCUGAUGUCAUUCCUGUUGAUUGGGAUUCGGAAUGUCAUGCACACCAACUAUUUGAUCUUACUUCUGAUCAACCAUACAAUUCUCUUGCAAUUUUCGCCAUGGUCACAUCAACCCUCCUUGUCUUCCUUCUUUUGGCAAUGACAUCACUCUACUGGCAUAAGCAAAAGCCUACUGUACAUCUCUACAAAAAAUUAAAUAUGGAAACUCUGUAAAACUUUUUUUGGCAUUAUUUUAUUAAUUACUAAGUCAUUGUAAAUUUCCUUUUUGAGUAUAAGAUAGUAUUACUAUCCACAUGCAGAAUACAGUAGACUCUUCCUUAACUGGUUUUGCUGGAACUCACUUAACACUGAAUAAUAGAAAUCAUCAAUAAAACAAAAAUAUAUAUCAACAAUAGCUGGAUAACAAUUGAAGCCAGCUAGGUAAUAAGAAUCAAUUAUUUAAAAAUAUUGACUUAUUUGUCUGAUCAUUGUAUUUUAAAAUUUCAUUUCUUUCUUAUGUGGUAUAUUGCACAGAAAUAGUUUAUUUAUUAUCCUGGUAGCUUGUUUUCUUUUUGUUUAUAUACUUAUUCUUUUACCUUAUUAAUUAAAUGAAUAAGUUGUUAUUAAUAAUAUUUUAUUAUUUUUUAUGAGAAUGACAUUCAUUUUCAGUUAAAAAAACAGUCAAUGGACAAUUAAUAUUUAGGAUUAGGUUUGUUGUAUGUUACUUCCUUAUUUAAUUUAACAAGAGUAGAAGGGAAGGUUAUCCUAUAUUAUUAUAAUUAUAAUGAGACUGGUGCUGUUUCUGACUAAAAAAUGUAAUGCUAUAGUGUAUCUAAGCUAAAUUUGCGUGUAGAGGAAGAGAGCUCACGAGGCUUUCCCCCACUCAAGUUCCAUCUCCCCAAGACUUUUCUCUAGCUCUACUUUCCCUCUUCAUCAUAGCAAGCACCUGAUGCCGGGAAAGCUUCAUUCCAUUUUCUUAAAUUUUUUAUCAAAGGUAGGAAUUUUAAUUUUAAAAUAAAACAAUGGAAAGAAGGAUUAAAUAAUCAAAUUAAGAAAUAAAAUACUCCAAGUCUCUGUUGAUGAAUUGAAUAGAUAUACUUCAAAAUUACAUUUUUUGUCUGAGAGUAGAUAGUUUUCCCUCUACCGAGUUUACUUGACAUAGUAAAUGAAAAUUGAUAGAAGAAAUGAAAAAAAAAAAAAUAUAUAUUAAAGACUUUUCUACUUGUGAAAAAAAAUGUGCAAGUUUGUAUGAAUGAAUAGAAAAGACAAAAGAGUGGGGGAUUGACAGAAAAAUGUUUUGCCACCGCGCGUCUCUCUCUACCUCUACCACCCGCAAACUUAUCUUAGAUAGAGUCUACCUCAACAUUCCCGGUCACCACAGCCACUGUGAUUAUAGUUAACUAAACUAAUUAUUAUGAUAUACAUUAUUAUAUUCUCCCUCUAUGAAAUUUCAGACAGAUACCUUUGUUAGGUGCAUGUGCGCUAAAAGGUUCUCCCUUGAGUUGUUUACUAUAACUGCUCCAAAAUAUACAUUUCUCUGUUUUAAUUUCUUAAAUUUAAUAUAAUUUUUAAUAGUUAUUUUAUUUUAUUUUUUGUUGUUGAUAAAAACAUUUUAUAAAUUUUCGUCUUUUGUGGUCUACAUUAAUUAAAAAAUGCCGCAUAAGAAAGAGUUGACUGUAACCAUUACUCCAUGACAGUAUAGUUGUACAUGUCCUUUCAUAGUAGCUCCAAGAUUUUGAAUAUUGUUACCAACUCUUAGUUUUAUUUUAAGUUUAAGCAUAAAAGAAAAAGAAUAUUCUUUCUAAAUAAAGCACAAUUUUUUAUUGAUCUCAUCACUUAAAAAAAAAAAGAAAAUAUAAAAAGGAAAUUAAAAAUUGUGAUAUUUAAUAGUAUGAAUUUUUAAAAUAGAAAGUCAUAAUUUUAAGUUGAUUCCUAUAUGUAAUUGUAACUUUUCUGGUAAAAGCUAUCAGAAUUCGUCAAACCAUGCAAUUAAUUAUCCUUCCAAGAAAUGAUUAAUUAUAAGAAACUUAUCUGUACUUAGUUGAGUUAGUUGUGUCUGUUUAGUUAAUUGUUGUUAUUUAUUUAAUAUUAUUUUUUUAAUUAUGACUGAUUAAAAUUAAAUAGACUUAUUUUAGCCACUAAAUAUUAGCAUAAAUCAGUCAAAAAAUCAGGCAGUAAAUUUAUUUUUUUCUCAAUUAGUACCAUAAGAAAUGUGACUUAUCUUGUUUAAAAGAAAAAACAAAUAGAUUUAUUCAGACCCACUUAUUUUUUUUUAUAUCUAAAUACUAUCAAACCCAUAUAAUUAAUUUUGACAAUUAAAAAAA